AGAAGUGAGGGGGAAGAGAAAGAGCGAGAGAGAAGUUAACAAAUAAAAAAUAUGAGGAAGGGUGAGAGGGAAAGUAAAAAGAAGUGAGUGAAGGUAAGUGAGCAAAGUAGGGGGGGAAGUGAAUGGAGAAGAGAGAAAAGGUAACUAAGAAAAAGAUAUUAGAAUGAAGUUAAAAGAGUGAAAAGAGAAACGGAGGUAAUGAGUAAGGGAGGAAUGUAGGUAGAAAGGGAGGGUGAGAGAAGCCGGAUUGGUCACUUAAACUCCUGACAGGAGAUGAAAUUUUUACUGAACGAAAAAAUAAAAAAAAGCAUAACGUGAAUGACCUAGAGAGAAGGUAAUAGAGAGAGGAUAAUACAACGAAAAGUAGAGAGGGGAGAGACGUGACAAGAGAAUAAGUGCGGAGGAGGAAAAACUAAAAGAGAAAAAAGAAGACUUGUUUACUCACCUUGAUGUAAUCACAAUUUAGGUAAGCAUGUUUAUUGGAGAAGUUUUCACAAGUAAAAUCGUCAUGAUUGAAUGAGACAGGCGGAAAAGAGAGAACAAGGGAUUGCCACAGCUCAUCAGUUGUCUGUUUGGGAAGUGUCAAAUCUCACACUCUAACAAGAGUCCCAGUGAGUGUUUGGUAAUCAACUUUUAGGACUUCCUUUGUUCGCUAAUGUUAUCAGCUGUGACACACUUCGUCGAAUAUUAACAGCUAUCCAAACAAUGGAUUAUUUCUUGGUUUCACCACAACCCAUUCAACCAUCCACUCACCAAUGCUUUCGUUGCCUUCAAAUCUACCCAAAGGAAAUCCUUUAUUCCCGUAACUGCCCGCACAAACAGAAGUUACCUGUUAGUCAUAGCCAGAUCAAAUAUUGCCGAUUUGCAACUGAGCAACAGCUAUGCAGGGCCAAAGCAAACAUCAACAACCCUCACAAAUUUGGCUAUACCAACAGUGAAGACACAACUGUGGCCUUUAAACAGUUAUGCCAAGCUGUUUGUUGUGGAGACAAAGAAACUCUAGAGGAAAUGCUAUAUUCAAAAAGAUUUAGCCAUGACAUCAAUCAGAGUGUGAAAAUGUCAUGUCUUCUUGCUUGGGCCAUGUACAAACGUCAGUUCUCUGUUUUCCAUGCAUUAAUGGACUUUCAUGAAAGAUGUGGAAAGCUUUUGAAUUUGGACUCAACGUCUUAUUUCUCUGAGAAAAAUACUCAACCUCUUUUGGUGUAUGCUGCACGGAUGAACUUUACUCAGGGAGUUCACCGACUCCUGAAAGGUGGUGCUAAUGUCAAUGUGACUGAUAAAGAUAAGCGGACAGCUUUGUGGACAGCAUGCAGCGUGAAAUGCGUAAAAACAGUAGAAUUACUGCUUGAUUAUGGUGCAAAAAUUGAUGCUGCUGACAACGAAGGCAUCAGCCCCUUCAUGGUAUCUGUACGUGCAAUGGAACCAAACUUUGAAAUCAUUAUGAUGCUUAUAAGAAAUGGUAGCAGCUUCAGCAGCCCUGCAUGGUGUCCAUCUGUGUUUUAUUACAUUUUACAGAACACUAAUAAAAUGAUAGUUAACAUGGCUCUGUUAUCCUGCCAGCUUUCACCAGAACAAAUUUACAAAACUGUAUUGACAUUCCUGUUAAAUCUGUCUUAUAUUUAUGAACGGGGUUAUACAGAUAUACACUCACUGAAUACAUGUAGGACAAAUCUUCUGCACAUGAAAGAAAUGCGCGAAUAUCUCACCGGACUUGGCUACACCACAUCACCUGUGUUGCCUUCACUGCAGUCAUUAUGUCGGAAAACUAUACGACAAACUCUGAAAGAAAACUAUGUUGGUAAACUUGAGAAGGGACUCGAACAACUGGGGCUACCACACACACUAAAACUCUUUGUUCAGUUGAGAAACAUUUAGAAGAUAUAAUUACUCCUUACAAGAGAGGAGCAAUGUGACAGAAACAUAAGAACACAGCACAAAAUGGUUUUCAAUAUUUAGCUUUGUCCGUCCAGUUUCUCAGUUCAAAUCCCACAAAUGUAAUUCCAACAUUUAUAAAUUGAAAGCAUAAGGUGGAGAAACAAACUGCAUACAUAUAUUAUUGUAUUUAUCACUAGGUACUGAACUAGGUAUACUAAACCAAAUAAAUACAAAGAUUGAUGAAGUAGGUACUUGUAA